AUGUCUUCAGCCGCCGCCACCCACAGCGACCCGUACGAGUACCAGCCCGGCUUUGGCAACCACUUCUCGUCGGAGGCUCUCCCAGGCGCUCUGCCCGUGGGUCAGAACACUCCCCAGGUGUGCCCGUACGGGCUCUACGCCGAGCAGCUCUCGGGCACGGCCUUCACCCGCACCUGGCUGUAUCGCAUCCACCCGGCGGUCAUGGCACAAGCCCUUUCGAGCCGUUCCUCCCCGGCCAGCACCAGGUUGUCGAUCCCCGAGUCGGAGCCGCUGGACUUUGUCACCGGUCUGCGCACAAUCGGCGGGGCCGGCGACACCGCCCUGAAGAGCGGUCUGGCCGUCCACAUCUACACGGCCACGCAGAGCAUGGAUAAGCGCGCGUUCUGCAACUCGGACGGCGACCUGCUGAUUGUGCCGCAGCAGGGCCGUCUGGACGUGCAGACCGAGUUUGGUCCGAUCAUGGUGGCGCCGAACGAGAUCGCCGUGAUCCAGCGUGGCAUCCGCUUCUCCGUCGGCCUGCCGGACGGACCGAGCCGCGGAUACAUCCUGGAGGUCUACGAUAACCACUUUGAGCUGCCGGACCUGGGCCCCAUUGGCGCCAACGGCCUGGCAAACCCACGCGACUUCCAGACGCCGACGGCAAAGUACGAGCACACAAGCGACUCCAUGGGAGAUCGUCAACAACAGGACCACUCGCCCUUUGAUGUUGUCGCAUGGCACGGCAACUACGCCCCGUACAAGUACGACCUGGCCAACUUUAACGUCAUCAACUCAGUCAGCUACGACCACAUCGACCCGUCCAUUUUCACUGUCCUGACCUGCAAGUCGGCUCAUCCGGGCACGGCUGUGGCAGACUUUGUCGUGUUCCCGCCGCGCUUCGAGGUGCAGCAGCAUACGUUCCGCCCGCCCUACUUCCACCGCAACUGCAUGAGCGAGUUCAUGGGCCUGAUUCACGGCGAGUACGAGGCGAAGAAGGGCGGGUUCCUGCCCGGUGGCGCCAGCCUGCACUCGAUGAUGACGCCGCAUGGCCCUGACGCCAAGACUGUCGAGAACGCCACUACGCGCGAUCUGCUGCCUGGCCGUGUUGCUGACAACACCAUGGCCUUUAUGUUCGAGUCCAUGUUCCAGCUGAGAGUGACAAAGUGGGCCGUCGAGCACAAGCAGCGCGACCACGACUACUACAAGGCCUGGCAGAACAUCCCGAUCACAUUCAACCCGGACCAGAUCUAA